AUGGCUAGUAAUACUUGUGAACAGAGUUGUACCCUUCUGAGGGCCGAGCUACUGGCCGAGUUAGUGAAGGUCAAAGAAGAAAACUUGGAAUUAAAGAAAAGAACUGUAGACGACACCGACGACACUAUACAACCUGUAGACGACACCGACUGCACAACACAACCUGUAGACGAUGGCCACUACACUACACAACCUGUAAACGAUGGUCACUACACUACACAACCUGUAGACGGCGCCCACUACACUAUUGAACCUGUAGACGACGCCCACUUCAUUACACAGCCUGUAUCCGACACAACCUGUAGACGACGCCCACUACACUAUACUGUACAACCUAAUGACGACGCCCACUACACUACACAACCUGUAGACGACGCCCACUACACUACGCAAUCUAUAGACAACGCCCAUUACACAAUAGAACCUGCAGACGACGCCCAUUAUACUACACAACCUGUACACGGCGCCCACUACAUUACACAACCUGUAGACUACGCCCACUACUCUACACAAUCUUGUGCCUCCAGUCUUUGCAGCGUGCCUCCAGCCUUGCAGUGUGCCUCCAGCCUUUGCAGUGUGCCUCCAGUCUUUGAGUGUGCCCCCAGUCUUUGCAGGGUGCCCUCAGUCUUUGCAGCGUGCCCUGUCUUUGCAGCGUGCUCCAGUCUUUGCAGCGUGCCCCCAGUCUUUGACAGUGUGCCCCAGUCUUUGCAUGUGCCUCCAGUCUUUGCAGCGUGCCUCCAGUCUUGCAGCGUGCCUCCAGUCUUUGCAGGUGCUCCAAUCUUUGCAGAGUGCCCCAUCCUUUGCAGCAUGCCCCCAGUCUUGCAGCGUGCCCCAGUCUUUGCAGUGCCUCCAGUCGCGAGUGUGCCCAGUCUUUGCAGCGUGCCUCCAGUCUUUGCAGCUGUGCCCCAGUCUUUGCAGCGUGCCCCAGUCUUGCAGCGUGCCCUCAGUCUUUGCAGCGUGCCUCUAGUCUUGCAGUGUGCCUCUAGUCUUUGCAGCGUGCCUCCAGUCUUGCAGCGUGCCUCCAGUCUUUGCAGCGUGCUCCAGUCUUGCAGCGUGCCUCCAGUCUUUGCAGCUGUGCUCCUCAGUCUUUGCAGCAGUGUCCCCAGUCUUGCAGUGUGCCUCCAGUCUUGCAGCGUGCCUCCGUCUGCAGCCGCGGCCUCCAGUCUUGAAGUGUGCCUCCAGUCUUUGCAGCGUGCCUCCAGUCUUUUGCAGUGGCCCCCAGUCUUUGCAGUCGGGCUCAGUCUUUGCUGCUUCCAGUCUUGCAGCGUGCUCCAGUCUUUGCAGGCGUGCCAGUCUUUGCAGCGUGCCUCCAGUCUUGCAGCGUGCUCCAGUUCUUUGCAGCGUGCCCUAGUCUUUGCAGCUUGUGCCUCUAGUCUUGCAGUGUGCCUCAGUCUUUGCAGUGUGUGCCUCCAGUCUUACAGGUUCCAGUCUUUACAGUGGCCCAGUCUUGCAGUGUGCCUCCAGUCUUUGCAGCGUGCUCCAGUCUUGCAGAUGUGCCUCCAGUCUUUGCAGUGUGCCCCAGUCUUGCAGUGCCCCUCAGUCUUUGCAUGUGCUCCAGUCUUGCAGUGUGCCCCCAGUCUUUUGCAGUGUGCUCAGUCUUGCAGUGUGCCUCCAGUCUUUGCAGUGGUAGUGUGCUCAGUCUUUGGAGUGUGCCUAGGUCUUUGCAGUGUGCUCCAGUCUUUGCAGCGUGCCCCAGUCUUUGCAGCUUGGCCUCCAGUCUUUGAAGUGUGCCUCCAGUCUUUGCAGCGUGCUCCAGUCUUUUUGCAGGUGCCUCCACUUUGCAGAGUGCCCCAUCCUUUCCUUAGCAGUUCCCAGUCUUUGGAGUGUCCCCAGUCUUGCAGUGUGCCUCCAGUCUUUAGCGCUCAUUUUGCAGCGGCCUCCAGUCUUUAG